GUUGACGUACUCUAAACGAAUAUACUUGAAAUAGGUGAUUUUCUCGGGAAAAAUGACCAGAUAUUUAAACACGAGUCAAUAACAAUAUACGCAUGUAAAAUGUAUUAUGUAAUUAUAUAUUGUUAACUUUACAUUCGAGCGCCAUUAGUAACAACACUGCGGGCGCCAUUUACAAGCGAAAUAGGUACUUAAUUUAUUUCGUGCCCGUCCCGUCUGGCGCGCACAAUAAUGGCUUCCACCGCCUACCAGUUACCACGGUCAUGACGAUGACGUUCAAACAAAUUCAAAUAUUAUUAUUUUGACAGCAGCGGGAUCAGCAGCUGUUUUUGUGAAACGACAAACUCUAGUGUAGCGCAUCGCGCAUGCGCGUUCACCGUCUCUCACUCGCUCGCUCGUUCUCUCUCUCUCUCUCAAUCCCUCUCACUCACUCUCUCGUGCGUUGCACAAAAGCGUCGCGGUUCAUUAUUAUUCCUUUGUCCUUUCCGCGUACCGCCGUAUAUAUAAAUAUAUAUGUGCGUGUGUAUAUAGAGAGUGAAUGAGAAUGAGAGAGGGUGAGUGAUAGAGAGACUUUUGGCGGUUUGUUGUGCUUGUCGUCGUCCGUAUUCGGCAGCGGUGUUGUUUCGAAUAUAAUGAUAAAUAAUAAUUAAAAACUGUACGGCGAUGUUCACGAUACGAGUAAAUUAAUAGAGUGCAAGUCGGGAAACAUCUGGUCCGCAUUAUUAUUAUUAGACAUUGGCGACAGUUGUUGUUACUGGUCGUUUUUUAUCGCCCCUGAACAUUUUGUCAAUUUGCGCAAUUCAAUUUGUUGUGUUUGUUCGCGCGUGCGCGUGUGUGUUUAUGUGUGUCUGUGUGUGAUACGAGUCGCGCGCGCAAUCUUCUGUGUACAAGUUGUUUACAAUUAAUAAUAAUACCAAACAAACAGCGGACGGAACUUGGUGUCUAUUUGCGUGUAUUCGCCCGUGUUUUUGACCCGCGCAACCGUUACCGAGGCGAUCUUCAACUCUUUUUAUUUCUCGUUGCCUACCUACAGCACUUCGUUCGAAAUCGAUAAUUCGAAACUUUUUUUGUCAGUCUGAUACAUGGUCGUCCUUCGAAUGUUCGCUAACGGUGGACGUUUCCCUUCUAUGUGGAAAGUAUUCGGCUGCGGCGGCAGUGGCAGCAAGUCUGCCAUAUUUUGUUUUGGUGACAUAAAAAUGAAACAGCGGUCAACGACGAGUAUAAUACAGCGUCAACGAAUAUAAUCGAUAAGUAUACCAUCUUCAAAUAUACGAUUGUCGACUAUGAAGCUAUUGGAGAGCUCACGAUUGAACGAAUUAUCGAGGGCACUUUGUGUUGAUCGAGGAGAUGUCAAAGUCAUCGCCAGGUCGGUUUACCCAUACUUAAAACCCAAAAAGGUUUUCUCACUUAUCAAUUUGUCCGUUUAAUUUUAUUUUUAUUUCUGUGUAUCGAUUUUGGUGUAGAAUUGAAAGCUAUUCGUGUAAAAUGGUAGGCGAUGAAAAACAACAAUACAAAAAAUUUUACUCCCAGAGUGGCACACAGCCAAAUGACCUUGAAGCUCUGGGCUGUUCUCCUAAUAGUGAUCCACGAUACGGAAGAAGGUAAUGAAAAAUACAAAAAUAUACAAUAUUUUUAUUUAGGUAAGUACAUACAAUUUUGGUUGAAGUCAAAAUAUCGAAAUACUCCAAAUACAAAUAUUUUUCAUACUAUUGUUUCAUGAUUGGAUUUUCGAUUUUCCCAUUUCCCGCAAAGAACGAUGGGUUUAAAAAUAUGUGUUUACGGAGAAAUUUUUAUCUCUGAAAAUCUGCCUUUCAGGGUCAAAAAAAAAGUAUCGAAAAUGAUCCAUACAUUUUCCACUCCCCUUAUCUUAUUAGCGUUCUUCAAUUAGAAAUAACAUUCCAAUUUCUCAAAAAAUAUAUACGAGAUUUUAAUACUUUUAUUUGUUGCCUAUCUAAAAGCUUUGUCAUUGAAAAGGGUUAAAAAAUUGAAAUAUCAACAUUUUGACUGUUUAGUGUUGUAUUUGAACACUAUACUAAUACAAAACUACUAGUAUUUUCCGAUAUUUAUAGGCCUAGCUUUUACACCGAGAACCAAUUUACAAUUGCAAUUUUUCAACGUUCUCAGUACAUGCACUACUAAACUUGUCUUAUCUCGGUGGGAUAUGAGAAAAUCAAAAAUUCAAUUACGGGUCAUUGGUCAGAAGGGGCCAACAGAAAAUAUAUACAUUUGUUGGUUUUCAAUAUUUUAACUUUUUUCUAGUCAAACACCUAGACUUCAACCAACAUUUUAGUAGUUCAAUCAGGAUUCAUGGAGGCCAUGUUUUCACCUCAUUAUGGACUACAUUUUAAAAUAUUUUGACCAUAAUAGUUACUUUGAUGAUGUAUGUUUUUAGAUCAAGUGUUAUUACUAAUUAAGAAUGUAUUACUAUGUUGUUUUAUUGUCUUUUUUUUUAUUAUUAUUUUGUCUGCCAAGUAAUUUUUUACCACAAAUCUUAUUCUGAUCGAAAAUAAAUAAACUAUAUUCUGUCCAACGAGAAAGCAUGCCAAACAAUAAUAAAAGCUGUUAGGCUCUGCGCAUCAGCCACAAAAUUUGAAUGCACGAAGGGGAUACAACAGUCAGACAGAGUUAUUUUAGUUAUUUUGUAAGAAAUUUUGUCAUGUUAGUAUAUUGAAAAGGUAAUUUUUUGAUUUUCUUUUUGCAUUGGAGGAUAAAUAAUUAAUUAAAAUAGAAUAUUUUCGCAAGAUUGAUUUCUGUUGUUAUUCAGAUAGAAAUAAUCAUAGAUAUUAGACAUAGAAAAUUAAUACUUUUAUUAGUUCUUUCUAAACAUAGUGCAAUUUUCAAAAUUCUGGGGAUUUUUGAUCUGAUUAUAGGUUUAAUAUCAAAUUUUCUAGUUUUUUUUAGCUGUUUUGGAUAACAUUUUUUUGACUCUUUAAAAAUGUAUGGAAAUUGUAUACCUUUAUCUAUAAGGUGUUCUUAUAGCAUAAUUAACUUCUCAAAUAUUUGUAGCCAUAUUUUUUUUUUUUUUUAAUGGUUUAUAAAAUUCAAAUUUUGAGUACGAUAUUCCAUUUAAUUAUUAGCCAAAUUAUCUGUAUUUAACUAAUACCUAAAUUUCAUACGGUUGUUGUUUUUUUUUUUUUUUUUUCGGGUUUUUCACAUUUGUUGAGAAAUCUUCUGGGAAAAUCGAAAAAUGACCUGACCUCCUUUAAGGUUCCUCCAUACUGAUUCUCUUUUAGAAAAGGUACGCACAGAAAAAAAAAAAAUAAACAUCUUUGUUAAAGCAUAAGCUUCUUAGCUCAAUUUAGAAUCUAAAUAAAUUCCUCAUUAUGCUCAACUUUUUACUUUUUACUUUUCAGUAAAUAUUAUAUGAUGAACUUAGCAUCAAAUUCAUGUGAAUUUAAUUUAUAAACUUAAAUAAAAAAUGAAACUUAAUGUAAUAUAUUAUUUUUUAUUAUAUUUAUAGCCUUAGUGUGUCUGGGGAUGAAGAAGUUUUGUUAUGUGAUACAAUAUCACGUAAAUCUUUAUUUUAUUUAAUUGCCACAUUAAAUGCUACAUUUGCACCAGACUAUGAUUUCACUGAUGCUAAAUCAUCAGAGUUUAGCCGAGAACGUAGUUUACAGGUAAAUAAAAUUAUGUUUUUGAUUAUUUAAAACAUUUCAUAAAAAUAAAUAUAUUUAAUAUAAAAGUAAAUAUAUUUGAAACUUAAGUUUUAAUUUAUUAUUUGUGACAUGUAAUGUUUAACCUCUUGAAGGAUUCGCUAUUGAGAAUUUCGUUAGGGAUUGCGCUGCAGUGUUAACACCACUAUUUUUUUUCUUAAUUUUUAGUGUAGGUUUUAAGUACUGUUAUGUUUUAUUUUGCAUAAAUAUACUUAAUUUAAUGAUUUAUAGACAUUUUCAAGUACUUAAAUUAAUCAAAUAACUUUAUUUAAAUAUGUUAUACAUAUAAAAAAAAGUGUUUAAUUUAUUUUUAAAUCAAGUAACUAUAUUAUACUAUACCAAACUAUGCUACUGACAUCCAAUAAUGUGCACUAAACUUUAUGACUAAUUAUUGGUGACUUCAGGUGUACUAUUAAAAUAUAUUUAUAAAUAUAUGGUGUAGGAAUAGCAGGGGAUCAUACUAAGCUUAUUGAUAGCUACAAGUAUAGAAAUGGUUUUUCCCAAAGGUGUGGUGUAAACACUGUGGACCACUAAGAGCUUAAGUUUAUUUAUGAAUAAAUUGUACUGAGAUUCAUAUAUGUAUACAAUUAUGAUAUAAUUGUAGUUUUGCUAUACCAAGUUUUUUUUUUUUGAAACUUAUGUAAAUCAGUGUUUUUAAAAUGAUUGAGCAAAUGAAAUUUGGGGCUUAUCAUUAGUUUUGAAGUUUGUUUUAUGGAUAUUAUAUGUGUAGUGUGUUGUAUUAAAUUCUCAAUAUUACAUUCCUUCGAUGUUGGUUUUCCUAACUUAUAAUGCUUUUUGACAUUUCCCUGUUACUUAUCCAACAGUUUUGCAUGAUAAAUUAAGGUUUUUUCGAUUAAAGCAACAAUAAACUUGUUCAAACAAUUUUAAAGUGUUAUUAUUGUAUGGGGUACCAAUUAAAACAUCCAAAAAAAAUGGGGGUUUGUUCUUGUAUGUUCUAGAAUGGUAACAGAUACACACCAACAUUAGGUUACGACAACCAACAUACAUAAUAUCCAUAAAGCCAACAAACUGCAAAUGACCAUAACUUUAAAACUAAUGAUCAGUUCCAAUUUUUCUUUGCAUAAUCAUUUUGAAAAUUUUUAUAUACCUAAUUUUUUUUUUUAAAAAAAAAAUUAAAAAAAUUGCCUAGUAGCUAAAUUGUUUAAAAAUUAUUAAUUUCUGUUGAUGUUGCUAUUUAAAAAAUGUAUAAUAUAUUAUUAUACAUUAUAAUUAAUAUAUUAUUGUUUUUUUUAUAAAGUUUGAUUUAAUAGAAUUAAAAAAUAUCACACUAUUAUUUUACUAAUAUGAUACAUUAUAUUUUUAAAACUUGUUUUUUAGUGGGUUAUGAGAGAUGUGGACAACAAUUUAUCAACAGUAACUAUAGAACCAACUUCACCAUCAUCUUCUUUAGAGGACUCAAAUGAUGCUACUUCGAUAAAUCAUGUUGAAUGUGUCGCAGUUACUAAUAAUUAUCCAUACUUACGUGACAAACUCUGGGAAAUUAUUGACAAAGAAAUUAGCAUGUCACAAUGUGACAUUUAUAGGUAAUAAAUAUUAAUAAUUUUAUAACUAAAAAUGUAUUCCUAUUUUGAUUAUAAUUAUAUUUUACUUAGUUAUACGCCAGACAUGCAAUCAGAUCCAUUUAGUGAAGAUGGGUGCCUUUGGUCCUUCAAUUAUUUCUUUUAUAACAAAAAGCUUAAAAGAAUUUUAUUUUUUACUUGUCGUCGUAUCAUUAGGUAAGUAUCUUAACACAAAAUUGGACGUAAGUUUUUGAAAAACUCUGUUUCUAUUUUCUGUCAAUCAGAUUAAGGUUCUUCUAAUACUGCUUUUCCGAUAUAUAAUUUAUAUGUUAACUGCGGCAAUCUACUUAGGGAUUCACAUUUUAGAGUUCUUAUCAGAUCUUAAUUAUAUUCAUUAAAUAUUAGCCAAUUUUGUUUACAGUUUUAUUAUCUAACUUCUUUAAGCCAAAACAGUACCAUUAAUCAUGUAGUAUGGGAUUAAACCUUUCCUAACCUUAUUUUUAUAACCUUGUAAUUGUAAUAUUUGUAUUUUUGGGCUUAUUUUUUUACUGUAAUUAUGAGUAUAGAAAUAAAAAAAAAACAACUAUGUUUAAUUUAAUUAAGAUGAAUAAUUUAAAACUAAAUACAAAUACCCUCCGGAUUUGACCAUAGUUAGUUAAACAUAGUAGAUAUUGUUUGGCAAACAAAUUAUAAUAUAAUACUAUUAUGUAUAGGACCCUCAUACUAUGGUCAUCUGUAGGCAAUUAGAACGAGUGCAGCGCAAAUUUCUUAAACAUGCAGCUUUCUUGCUUAAAAUUGAUCCGGUCCUUCAUAAACUUAAUUUAGUAAGCAUAGCUGACAACAGACUUUCUGUCAAUAUUAACUUCCUACAGAAACUCCUUCAACAUAAUUGAUUGCCUGUUCUUACUUUCUAAUCUUAACUUUUAUAUUCCUUCUGGUAUUACCUGUUCAUCUAAAAUGUUUUCACUUCCUUUCCGCUUUACUAUUUAUGAACCUAAUAAACCAAUUAUCCGCCUAUUAUUAACUAAUCCUUCCUUCUUUUAUUCUUAAUAUUUUCCGUACCUUAAACCAACAUUAUUUUCCUCUUCAUACAUAUCUUAUGCUCUUGUAAUUUAAUGUAUCGAAAUAACCUGUAAUUGUGUUGAUACGUGGAAACAAAUCUGUUUUUAAUAAAUAAAUGAAUAGUAUACGAAAUAACUUGUGAUAAUACAGAACACAUUUAUUUUUAUUGUAUUAUUUUAGUUCUUCCUACCCAAUGGACUUUGAUGGAUCUAUUGGAACUGGUCCAACAGAAUCAAUGUUCUCUUCUGAUUAUUAUGAUGAUAGCACUGAUGGCAAUAAUAGACGUCAUAGAGACCGUAGUCCAUUAAGUAACUGGCGUUAGAGUAAUAAGAAUAGUUAUAUUAAAAAAAUCAAAAAGAAUACUAGUUUAGGUAUUUUAACUUAUCUAUUUAUGUUUUUCCCUGUAUGCCUAUAAUUUACUUUGAAAAAAAAAAAAACAACUUAUAAUACUUACAACCUAAUUAGUUUAUACAGACAUACAUAAUUAAUAUAAUUCAUUAUUUAACAACAUAUUUUUAUACAUUAAUAUUGUACCUUAAUAUUAUAUAUUUAACAUUUUUCAUAUAUGUGGUCUCUGAAAUAUAGUAUGGUAGAUCUCAGUUAUUACAUUUGUAUUUAUAAUAAUAAAUCUGAUUGUUUUUUUUUUUUUUUUUUUUUAUCAAUUAAUUUAAAUUAUAUUUGUCCAAAAGUAUUUAAACAAUUAAUUAUUUUAAAUUAUUAAGUUAUUAAAAAACCAUGUUAUGUAUGUCCUUAUAAUCUUAAAGUAUUUAAUUCCAUAAUACCCAAUUAACUUGUAAUAAUUAUUUACAUUUUUUUAGUAGAUAUCUAUUGAAAUUAUUUAAAUAUUAAUAAUUAUAAACAUAGUUAAAAUGUUUUAUUGAAGUAAAUUGGUAUUAUUAUAAUAAAACAUAUAUUCACUAUUGAAAAUUAGAUCCUUACCUAAGACCUUAAGUAUUUUUAUUUUGUUUAAGUGCACUAUAGAAAAUUUAACAUUGCAUUAUGAACAAAUGAUUUUUAUUGUAUUUAACUUAGCAUAUUUAGAUGAUUAGUAGAUAUACUAUAUGUGCGAUUAUAUUAUCAAAGAUUAUUAAUAUAAGUAUAAUAUAUAUUAUGUAUUUGUCUAUAUAUAUAUAUAUAUGUAUUUGUGUAUGUGUAUGUGUGUGUAUUUGAGGAACUGUUGAUAUUUAAUUGUAACAUUGUGUGAUCUCUAUAUUUUUAUUAAGUAUCUUAUAAUUUAUGCAUAAAAAUAUAAACUUGUAUUGAAAUAAAAAUAAUAUUUUGAAUUACGUCUAUGACAUUUUGAAUACAAAAUAUUAUAGAUUAAUAAUUUAAGUACCUAGGUGAUGAAUUGUUGGAACUUAAACAAAUAUUUCAAGUGCUUACAUCUUAAGAUGUGUAAAAACUAUGUAAAAAAAAAACUUAUUUAUUUAUUAACCAAAGUGUUUUGCAGGAAAAAGAACAUUAUUUUAGUAAAACUAAAAAUUUCAUUGUAUCUGAAAAUGAAAUAUAAGUAAUAUAAGGAG